UACAGUGCCAUGAUGACAAAUACAUCUGAAGAUAUAAAUUCACAGAUGUCAACAACUCAAAAUUCAAUGGAAUUAUCUGCAAACUUGACACCGCAAACCUCAAAGUCCCCUGCUGACUCGAACCAUGUGUAUAUUCCUGUAUAUGUAAUUGUGCCACUGGCGAUUGUGACUUUAAUUGCCGUUGUUCUUUAUUUAAGAUUAAGGAAAAGAAAAAAGGACGUUGUCAUUGGGGGAGAGAAGAAGAUUCCGAAUGGUAUUUUAGAAGAACAAGGUAAUUUGAGUUUGUUUGUGCUAGAAUUCUGAAAUAGCAACUGGAAAUGCUGCAAAUACUCCACAGCUUAUCAGCAUCCGAACAAAAAGUGAUCGGUUCAUGUUUAGA